AGUCGUGUGUGAGCUUUCAUCAAAAAAUUGUUGAAGAAAAGAAGAGAAUGGAAACAGACAAAUAAUAUAAAAAGCAUAAUAAUAUGUUGAGGAAUACGUAUCUACAUUGAAAUAUAAAAAAUUCAAAUAAUUCAACAAUCGUGCAACGAAUGAAAUCUUGGAUAUAAGUGCAAUGUGCUAUUUCUAAAACAUGUGAGAAAUCAUCUAUCAAAGUGAAAAUUGAUAUAAACAAAAAAUAAUGCGGAAGAGCUUAGCUUUAGUUUAUCUUGGAGCUAAAUCAACAAGUUGAAAUAAUUCGAAAAGUUUUGCUGUUGUCUUACCGACAUAAAAAGAAAUAUUUUGAAGUGAUUAUGUAGCACAAUUGAAAAAUUUAUGUUGAAGGAUAUUUGUCUUUUAUUAUAAAAGCAAAAAACGAGAAACUUUUAAAGAUUUUUUUUAAAGUUUAUUACCCGAAAGUUCAUUUUCAGUGAAUUUAUUUAAGUUUAUCAAUUAAAUUGAGAACAAACAAAAACAUAAUAAAAAAGUAAAAAUGAGGAUUUCAGUAUUUUGGAUUAACUUUUUUGUAUUAAUAUUUUCAAUCGUAAUCGGUGCUGUCACAUCCAUAACGGAAAAUCUUUACCUUCAUGAUGAUGGUAAACUGAGUAAUCUCGACGAAGUAAAAUCUCGCGAUAUCUCAUACAACAAUCAAAAAAAAGUUAUCAACAACGAUAACAAUUUUAAAAGUGAUAAUGCAGACGACAGAAUAUCAAAUGAUUUUUACAUAAGCAACGAUAAUAUCUCAACAGAUUUAGACGAUAAAGAAAAUAUGAAAAUGAAUGGAAAAUCUUCCGAUAAACUUUCCUUCGAACAUAACACACAAAACAUUCAGCUUCAGCUGAACAAUGACGAAUUACCAAAGAGGUCCAAAAAGAAGAAAAGUUUUUUAAAGAAGAAAAACAAAAGAAAGCGAGACAAACAGGAACAACAAAUUCAGGAUAUGAAAAUGAAAACGUUUCCAAUAAGGAAAAGCACUCAAAAUCCUUCGCUGAACAACAAAUCAGGAAUCGUUAUGGAAAUGGUGGAAGCAAUUAUUGACAACAACUAUGAUGAAGAGUCAACACGAUACGAAAAAGAACAAAAGAAUCCAAGGAUUACACAGCAGACAGCGGAAAGUGAUGGUGAAAGUAAUUUAAAGAUGUCUGAACGACGUGAGCCAUUAGAGCCGCAGAUGCUGUCGACAGUAAACGACAACGACGUGGAAAAUCCUUUAAAAUCUUAUAUUCAAGAUUCAAGUGACAAGAGCUCAACAUUUUCAUCUUCCACAAUGGAGAAAAAGCUGAAAGUUAAUAGACGAUUGAAACGUAAAAGGAAACUCUUGACUGGAGAUUUGUCGUGUAUGAAAAGUGACUUCAUUCCAGCUCCGCGCGUUGCUCAUGCUAGCAUCAAGUACAUUAGAAACGAGAAUUUUGGAAUAGAAAAAAGUUUCCUUGAGGCUGAAUACCAUUGUCAUGAUGGCUACAUGUUAAUAAAAAGACCGAAACGUAAAACAUUGAUGAAAAAUAAAAAUAUAUUGUGCAAAAAUCGUCGAUGGUUGGGCAUUAGGCCGAAAUGCAUUGAAAUCAAACCGAAAUCGGAAUCGAUUGAGCAACAAUGUGAUAUUCAUGAAUCGGAAAUUUGCGACCAAUUAUGUAGCAAACGAGAGAAUUCAACGGAUGUGACAUGUCAAUGUCAUAAAGGAUUCCGUUUGAAUGACACUCGCUGCUUGGAUAUAAACGAAUGCGAGACUGAUUCUGAUAUUUGCGGAAAAGGAAAAUGUAUCAAUUCAGUUGGAUCCUACAAAUGUCUAUGUCAAAAAGGCUUUCGCUGGAAUGGAAGUGGAAAAUGUGCUGAUGUGAAUGAAUGUUUUCUACGUGGCGGACAUGGACCAUGUCAAGAUGAAUGUGUGAACACCGAAGGAGGUUACGAAUGUUCGUGUGGAAGUUUAAAAGGCACGAAACUGGCAGAAGACGGUCACAGCUGUGAAGAAGUGGAUUUGUGUUCCAUCAACAAUGGCGGAUGCUCGCACACUUGCCUUGAUACAAUCGGUCAAGUUUUUUGUUCAUGCCCUGAAGGUUGGAAGUUGGAUACCGAUUGGAAAAAUUGUAUCGAUAUCGAUGAAUGUCAAUCACAAGACAAAAUGAAACCAGAGCAAAGAUGUAAUUACGAUUGCAUAAACACAAUUGGAUCAUUCCGAUGCAUUGAUAGCUCGAAUUUUGGAGCUGAUCAGCCUUCGAACAACGACGACUUUAUCGAUUAUUCCGUGAUGAAAAACGAAAUUGAAAACGAUGACAAAGACGAUAAAGAUUCUUACGAUGCUGAUGGUAAUUACGAUAUUAUCGAAGGUGGAAGUUUCGUCUCAGAAUGUUUUAACGGAUACUAUUUCAACGAGACAAUUGGUGAUUGCCAAGCCCAGAAAAAUUCAUCUCGACUGUCUUUGAUGUCAUCGAGUUCAAGUGACAUCGCUUGUCCGCCUCUGUUUCCACCUUUGCACGGCUAUCUAGAAUGUAGCCGACCCGUUGAGAACUUAACUGAAAUGUCAAUGGGACGCCUUAAGAUUAUAAAUCGCCCAGGGAGCGAAUGUACUCUCCAAUGUCCUGCCAGUUACCGGGCCUCGGGGACAUUUAUCAAAACUUGUGGAGAAGAUGGAAAAUGGUAUGGCGAUGAUAGCGGAAUUUGUAUAAAGUACCCAACGCCGAAAUUAAUUUGCCCACCGAAUAUAAUCGCUGAAAUUCCGCCAUUCAACGAUGAGGUUGAAGUCGAAAUGAAAAGACCAAAAACUGAUUUGAGCUUUAAACGUGACGUUCAAGUUAGGCCACAAUGGUUUAGAAAGGAGAAAGUCAGUUUAAAAGUUGGAACUGUUAAUGUUACGUAUAUUGCGAAGCAUCCAGUUUCAAAGUUAAGCACUUCAUGUACCACCACAAUUUACGUCGUUGAUGGAGAACCUCCAACUGUUGACUUCUGUCCACCCACUCAGAAAUUUAGAGUGGAGAAACACCAUGAAAGUGUUAAAGUAACUUGGAUUGAGCCGAAAUUUUCUGACAACGUAAAAGUUACUGACAUUUCACAAACAAAUGUUUCCGGUAGCUUGUUCGGACUUGGAAGCCAUCAAAUAAUUUAUGAAGCACAAGAUGCAGUUGGAUAUAAAAGUCGCUGUGCAUUUAAAGUUAUCGUUAGUGCACCGAAACGAAGAGGGCUAAGGCUACCGAUUGAGAAUAAAAAUAAAUUUUACAUCUAAUAAAUCUCACUCCUGCUAUUUUCAUGCAAAACUUUUAACUGAAGAAGUUGGUAAAGUUUGUGAGUUUAUAAUUUUUAUGAAAGCACCUGAAAAAUGGAAUCUUUAAAGAAAAACUUCCUGCAUAUGAGUGCAAGAGAUUUUAGUAGCAGACUAUGCUUUAGAGCUUCACAAAUUGCACAAUAAGUUUUCUUCUUAUAUUUGAGUUUAGUGUGAAAAUUCAUAUCAAAACAUUCGAACGAAUUGUUUUAGCGAAAAUAAGAAUGUUACAUCAUGUUCGGUGUUUAGAUCAAUGAAGUAUCAAAACUUCGCAUAAGUAGCAUGAAUAUUUAUGUAAGUGCUUGCUUUAUUUUAUGUAAAAAGUUAUGUUGCAAAUUGACGUAACGCUUAUUUUCGUUCUGAGGCUUCUUUUAAAAAAUAAAUAAGACGAUAAGAAAAUUGUAAACAUAUUUGAACAAUAAUUAAUGUAAAAAGUAACAAUAAAUUUUAAUAAAAACAACAUUUGAAAGAUUCGCC